AUGAGUUCAAACUCUAUUUUACUUGAUAAGAAUUUUGUGCCCAAGCUAUCAAAUUUUGGAGGGGUAAAAAAAUCUAGUCCUGAAGGGAUGAUGUUCAUUGAUUCAAAUGACAUUGACUCAAGCAAUAGCUCUUUUGUAGACAAUGGUGUUUGGGAGUUGGGUUUUGUUAAAAAGGAUGUGUAUGACUUUGGAAUUCUGCUUCUUGAGCUAAUUAUAGUGAAGGAACCCAUUCAAAUCAACAAUUUUUCGAACAAUUUGAAUGGGAGUUUGGUUGAUUGGAUUACUCAUCUUUUGAGUAAUUUUUCCGAUCUUUACAGUGUCAUUGAUAAAUCUCUGAUUGGUCGAGGAUUUGAUGGUGAAAUCAUUCAAUUUCCUAGAAUUGCAUGUACCUGUCUUAACUUCUUUCGUAGUCAAAAGCCAACAAUGUUUGAAUUGUACAAUACAAUAAGUACUCUUGAAGAGAGAUAUGGCAUCACAAAUGACUCUGAGUUAUUAAGGUACACAGAAAUUGCUACUGCAAGUGUCUCAAAUGAAAUAGUUCAGGUAGAAAUUACAUAG